UUUACAUUUAUUGCAAACAUUUUUGCAUUCUACUUGUCUAGAAAUAAAUUUGAUUUUCAUUUAAUAUUAAGAAAUCUAUAGGCAACUUUUAAAACAAUUUAAUAUUUUUACAAUUUGGUACAUUUAACAAAAAUCAAAUGCUUUAGUUAAUAAUAACAUUGGAAUAAUAAAUGUAAUUUUUAAAAUGUUUGAAAAGUUAAAUGAAAGUCAAUAUUAGAACGGGUAAUACAUGUUUAAAUAUUUUACGAGCUUUUGUAAGAAGCUGACUAAAAACUAAAAUUUUCCCUUAGACGAUUUUCUUUUAAUGAAAGAAGAACAUGUUGGAAACAAAAGAUAUAUAAGUAAAAAUGUAAUCGAUAAACAAUAAAAACGUAACCUGUGAGUUCUUAUUCUUUGAAUUUUUUAUAGAUUUCUUUUACAAAUUUCUUUUAUCCAUCAAAAAACUUUUAUUAUUAAUCUUACUAAUGAUGGUUGUUUGGUAAUUAAACUAUGUAUAUUUAUUAACUAAAAACAGAAUAUGGAUGUUAAUUACAAGAAAAAAUAUUACACUGACGUGAAAAAUGUAAAACAAUGGUUCUAUUCUACGAAAGAAAGAUGUGAUUCGUUAAAAUCUCAUAUGAAAUAUAUGAAAAUGUUAUAUCAUGAUAUGCCAAAAAUACAAGAAACUAAAAAGACUUUGUGUGAUCCAAAUUGGCAAAAUUGUAAAAUAAAGACUUCUAGUAAUGAUGAAACUAUAGUUUCCAGACAAGUGAAUUGUAAUAAUUCCUUGGAAAAGUAUUCUGAUACGCUAUAUGAUAAGAUCCACAAAGAUAAACCUUUCACAACUUCAAAUUUAGCCAAUAUUUUAUCAGAAAAUAAUCUGCAGAAGAAAGAAGAAGAAAAAGAAAAACAAAAGAACUUAAAUAAACAGAAAGGAACAGAAACUGAAUUAUCUUCGAUUACACUUCAAAGUUAUGCUAUUUCACAGAACACAGAAUCAAGAUCGUUACUAUCAACUCAGAAAGAUAACAUGGCAUGUGAAGAACACAAUUACAAUUGGCAAUUCCCAUAUCAAAAGCAUCUAACAGAAUAUUCUACAGAAUUAAUAGGAAAUAAUGAAACCUUAACCAAAUCUUUUGAACAAUUAAAUCUGGAUAAUCAAAAUAGCUAUUUACUUCAAGAAUCAUUUUCUGCAAAAGAUGAUAUUAAACUAAAUAUUUCUGGUAAUGUUAAAGAUGGAUCCGUGGAUAAAAGUAAAGUCUCUACAAAAAACGAAAAAAAAGAAAAAGCUAUUUCUUCAGCAUUAUCAAGCAAGAAAGGCUCCUUAUGUAAGCUAGAUGACAUUGUUCCAUUGAAGAUUAAAAGACGAAGAAAAAAAAUACACUGUUCUAAUUCACGGAGUACUGUAACUACAAGAGAUACAAUUUUUUUAGGAAAAAAGGAUACAAAAAAACGAAAACAAAAAAAUAGUGUAAGUAAUCGUCAUACAUUCAAGUCUCAACAAACAUCUAAUGAUGUAGUGGAAAUUUAUCAUAAUGCAGCAGCAAAGAGUGGUAGCACAUCUGCUAUUCCUAGUAAACAUUCAAAACUUGAACAUCACAUGAACUAUAUUAACAUAUUAACAUCUUCAGCUAUGAAUAAACAACAAAACAUAUCCAUAAAACCAAAAUAUGAAGAUAAUAAUUAUCAAAAUGUUAGUGAUGUUAAUGUAGAUUGUCCCAAAAAUUAUUCUCAAAAGCAACAUCAAACUGAUCAGAAAACAGUAGGAAGGAUUACAAUUAAUAAUGAUCUAAGUAAUAAUUUGAAAAUUUCAACCAGUCCUGCAUGUACCAUGGAAAAGUACAAUUCGCAUCACUGUCAACAUGCAAUUAUACAAGCAUCAUAUUGCGACCCAAUAGUUACUCAUAAUUAUGAAAUGCCAACUUUAGCUUCUAAAUUAAAGAGAGCCAAUCGUUCAUAUUUCGGUAGAUUUAACUUUCAAAAUAUACCCUUUGUAGUGGGUACUUCUGUAACCCCAAGUCAUAAUUUAGGUUUAAAUAUACAGCAAGUUUUGAGCAUUAUGAAAACAAGGCAAAUUGCUGCAACAGGAGUGACACCUCUUCUUAUUCGUAAAAUUAGCAGAGGUAUGAAACCUGCAUCUGUUCUUGUAGAACAGAUAAACAAUCAACAGAGUAAACUGUCUCAUAUAAAUUCCCAAAUGAAUAAUAUACAUAUACAGAAAGAAAAUUUGUUUAUGAGUAAAGGUGAUCAUUUAUUAGAAAAUGAAAAUAUGUUUUUAAAAUAUGAUAGGAAAGGAAUAAGUAAUUUAAAUGUAAAUUUAAAAUCAAAUAUUGAGCAAUAUCAGAAUUUACAAAAAGGAAUUAAUGGCAGUGUAAAUAAAUAUGGGAAUUUUCAUAAGAAAAAGGAUACUAGAUCAGAGAAUCAAUUGAAUACACUGAAUACAAUACUACAUGUAACAGACAAUAAAAUGUUGAAAUUAUUUGCUUCCCAACAAAAUGUAAACACAAAGAUGGAAAACCCAGAAAUGCAAUCCAAAAUAUAUCAGAACACAUUACAGGGCAAUAUUUGUGAUAAACACAUUUCUAAUACCUCAACAGUUAAUCAUUCUCAAGAUUCUAAAGGAAUAAGGGAAGUUCUCAUUAACCUUCAUGAUCAGUUCGAGGAAAUGAACACAAAAUAUGAAAGAUUACAAGCAAAAGCAAAAAAAUACAGUGAUAAAGAUUUAGAAGAAGAAAUACUACAUUUAGAAAAAGAAUUAAGCAUUAAAGAAGAUGAGAUAAAUGCUGUUGUUAACUUGUAUAAAGAGGUGAUGUCAUUAAAACAUCAGAUGAAAUUAUUACAAAAAAAGAACAGUUACGUUUGUAUAUCAACUGAAAUUCCACUGGGAUCAGAUAAAUUGUAUGCAGCUAUGCCAUUUACAUCAACUAAAUCUAAUGGAUCAAAUGGAUCAAAUUUUCAGCAAAGACUUAUUCACAAAAGGGGAAAUAGUGCUGUCACAAGGGAACCUAUUUCUCUUCGUCUAGCUGGUCUCUUACGGCAAAUUCAAACAUUUCAGAAGCAAUUGAAACUAACAUCAUGGUAACAAUACAAUGUGGAUCAUAUUUAUCACAUUCGACUUGUCUGGCAGCACCCAAUGCAUCGUUGGGAAAUUGAAAAGUUACAUACUUGAGUGAGUCGAGUCGUUCUUUCAACAAGAGAAAAAAGGUACGGUGGACUGUGAUCGAUCAGCGUUAGAGAGAAAUGCCUUUGAGAACGCCAACCACGAGGUACAGAAAAGCACAUUCAAGGUACAUCGACGUUUAUAAUCGUCCCAAAUGAUAUUUUAUAUUGUAUGCACAUAUCCUAGUGGCGAACGAAUAAAGACAAACAAGAUAAAAAGUGAGAACAGGCUAACAAUUAAAUUAAAAAGAGAAAACAUUUUUACUAGAAUUCUAAUGUAAGGAACUGCUUCCUCUUAAGCUAUGUAUUUUAAAUCAGGGUGAACUGUUUUAUCGAUUAAUCGUAAGUAACAAAUUGUCGGCAUAUCCGUUAAAAGGGAUCGAUUAAAAAACUUCCAGGAAUGCAAGGAUUAUUUAGCAACGAAGUACGUAAGAAAUACAUCCUCGUGUGCUCAGAAAUAAUUAAUAUCCUUCAUAGUACAUGUUUACCAUGAAGGCAAAGAAAAGUUGCAUUUUUAUGGAUGCUUUUUUAGCAGAUUUUAAUAAAACCGCGAGAUCUCGUAUCGCGCUGACAUUACAUAACAACACAUCGUAUAUUCCUAUUUUCAGACUUCUUUCUUAAAUCGAAUUACCUCUUACGUUAAUAUCAUGCAUGAUUAAGUUGCAUAAUUUGUCACAUUAAAUGGAUCAACUUCUUAGCCUUGUUGUAUUUUUGCAAUACUUGGAAUUGACCAAUUGCGACUCGUCUAUCUGUAUUUUUAGAAAAGAAUUUCGGUUGGAAAGAAGUAUGAACAUGAAAAUAUAAGAAGAGGAAUCGUCGAUAAAUACGGAAAACGGGAAAGGAAUCGACCCUUUAUUUGCAUUUGUUAUGUUGGUGAUGCGUGCAAUAAACUUACUGUACGCGUAUCCCUUUUGCAGUAGAAGUUAUUCAUGUAAUCACGAACACCAACUUUCUUUUCCAAUGGCGGACCACCGGCGCGAACACAAGUCUCUCAGUGAUUCGAUGGAACAUUUAUAGUCGUCUGCUUGUAGAACUAGACGAGAGAGCGUUCUCAGUCGACUCGUACGCAAGAAAUGCGAACACUUUUCGAUCGAAAGUUCCAAAGAACUACUGUCCUUCACAACGAACAGACAACACUUAAUUCCCGCAUAAUUAGUCAAGAUAUAUGUCUGCUGAUUCGUAUGAAAGUACACGUUUAGAAGUCGUGAGUCUAAACACAGAACCUAGAAUUUUCGAGGAAGAAAUUAGUUGGAUUCACGGACGAUUUCACGUUCACAAACGCGUGCGUUGCGCGUUGUACGUUGCCUCCGAUUUGAAGGUACGCGUUGACCAAAUGAAAGUUUCGAACAAGUCAGAAAUUAGACUGCGGCUGUUGCCGAUCGACUCUUCUCUAUAUUCUGUUCCUUCAACUGACACCGAUCUUGUAGUUCGUCUUUGCGCGUGACGAGCGUGACGCACGCGACUUCCCGAGCGUUACUACUUACUGUCUAUCAACCGUGAGUGUAUAUACAGCGAAUAUACAUGUAAUACACGUGACAGCCUCGAGAAUCGAUCGAAUGGAAACUCUUUCUCUAUCCAUAUUCCCGUUGACUCAUGUUUGUUGGCACUGGUUACGCGUUCGUAAAAUUGACCAUAAUUAACAUAGGAAUUUCACCCAAACUCCAUAGCUCUGUUGCAAUGCUUCACAUACUAAACUACACAGAAGCCACUACGGUGUCCGCUUUCCUAUGCUGCACCGGAAGAAACAAACCCUCCGAAACCGGUUUGGAGCUUGUUGUCACUAGCAAUAUCGUGAUUAACUUAUGAGUAUAGUUUCGAUACGAAUCCUACUCUUUUAAGACAAUAUAAAAUACUUUUAUCUAAUAAAUGAGACUUUGUAAUUUACAUGACAGCGAUAAUAGCUCGAUACCCAGUGGUUCCAACGAUGCCCCUAACGAUGACUUCGUCGAUCCCUACGAUGAUUUAUAAUUUAUGACAGAUAAUUCAUGAAUUAGUUCCAAUUCUUUCUUCCAUACGUGCAAUAAUAUAACCGCCUCUAUCGAAAUGAAAUAAGAUUAAAAUCAUUUUCUUCGUUAGUAUGAAAUUGUAUUAAAUGACGAUCUAUAACAAAUGUAACAUGGAUAUCUGUGACCGCAUGUUUGACACCUUGACGUCAACGAAACAUUAUUUUUGGUCGACGAUGUAUGUACAUUUAGCACGGAGCUACAUCGUAAAAUCACUAGUAAUAGAAUACCAACGAUUUUUAGGUAAACUCGUUCGAUAACGUUUGUCAGUCAACAUUCUCUUUUGAAAACUUGUCGUUUACUUAUUUACGAAAAUAGCCGAAAGAUCGAAGGUAAAGCCAAACUGCGUGUGUAUGAACGAUUCCAUUUGUAUGCUAAAUACAUAUAUACUUUGCCAACUUUCGUGUAGAGGGAUCUCGAUUUCUGAACUAUUUUCGUUGGUAGGCGUGUUUCUUGCUGAAACCGGCUUGUGCCAAACGGCUCUUCCUUCAACUACGGAUACAUAACACGUAACUACGUAACGAUUCUAUGUAUGUAUUUGUGCAUGGUUAGAUAGUGUUUAAGAUGGACGAAACUUAUUAAGGAGGAUUACGUCAUUGUUGGAUCAGUGCCUCGAACGACUAGACUGCAUGAUAUACAUAUGUUGCAAACGCAUCGAUUAUAAAACACAAUGACUCGUGAUUCACGAUUACUUUAGAGCUUAUAAACGCAUAUGAUUGAUUCAGGCAUCUUUGAAUCAGUCAAUAAUAAUUUUUACUUAGGAUAGACAAAACUAAGAUGUCCGUAGUAUCCUAGACGAAAAGCAUGUUUUCGAUUCUUCUACGUAAAAAUUCAAUUCUUUGUAAAGUAGCUAAUUUUCGUUUAUCGAUGAAAUUUGUCUUCCUUCGGGACGAGUGGGAGCAGCCGACGAAUCUUGGAUUUCAAGGUUGAUAAAAAUUAAUAUAGGAUUUAUUGUAAUCCUGUUUUCCAAGAGAAAACUUGAUGAUUUCUCUGUCUAUAGUUUUUAGCAAUUAUCGAAGAUAACAGUUAAGAAUUUUUUAUCGUAACCUGUCCUUUGAUUUGAUAACUUAUGCAAAAUUAUGCUCUACAACUCUACGAAAAAACAGCAAGAACGUUAUUUGCCGCAGUUUCAUACGAGUCGAUGACUAUUAACGAGUUUAAGCGUUUAUUUCGAUACGCAUAAAAAACAGGUUCUUCUCCGUAUUUUUUGUCGUACUAAACAGUACAUUGUUGGUUGAAUAACAUGAACCGCGUGACUGGACGAUCUCUUCAGGCUAAAUUGAGGAACUACGCACUUUAGUGGUAAAGUUAAAAUAAUUUUAGCUAAAAUAUCUGGGUAAAGUUUCCAUGCUAUGAAAUGACAUAGAAUACACUAAAUUCAAUGUUAAGGAUGUUUCGUACAUAUAAAAUAAGGCAAAAUUUAUGUAUAUAUUUGCAAUUAAUGUUUGAAUUUGACAGAGAAAGAGACAAAAGAUUAAAGAAAUUUUUAAGUCUUCGAGUCUGAAAUAAAAAUAUUUCUUUUGACUUGUACGUAAAUGUAACAAACUCGUUGUUAUAUGUAUGUAAAUAAACCUUGUUACUGUUUUA